AUGGGGUACGUCGGGAGCCACGGCGUGGCGACGCUGCGCAAGUACAAGUACAGCGGCGUCGACCACUCCAUCGUCGCCAAGUACAUCCUCCAGCCCUUCUGGUCGCGAUUCGUCAACGUCUUCCCGCUCUGGUUCCCACCCAACAUGAUCACGCUGACAGGUUUCAUGUUUCUGCUGACAUCGGCAUUGCUUGGCUUUUUGUAUUCACCUCAUCUUGAUACAGCGCCCCCUAGAUGGGUUCAUCUUGCGCACGGAAUCCUUCUCUUCCUUUACCAGACUUUUGAUGCUGUGGAUGGUAAACAAGCAAGACGUACCAACUCAUCAAGUCCUUUAGGCGAACUUUUUGAUCACGGAUGUGACGCGCUUGCAUGUGCUUUUGAGUCCCUGGCUUUUGGGAGCACAGCUAUGUGUGGAAAUGCUACCUUCUGGUUUUGGGUCAUUUCAGCUGUCCCCUUCUACUUCGCAACCUGGGAACACUAUUUUACAAAUACACUUGUUCUUCCUAUAGUCAAUGGGCCGACUGAAGGCCUUAUGCUGAUCUAUGUGUGCCAUAUCGUCACCUUUUUCACAGGAGCUGAAUGGUGGGCACAGGAUUUCCGAAAAUCAGUGCCCCUCCUUAAUUGGGUGCCUCUUGUUCCUGAAAUCUCGCUCUAUGGCAUUGUGCUGUUUCUAAUGAUUGCUUUUGCUGUAAUUCCGACAAUUGGAUCUAACACUCACAAUGUUUACAAAGUCGUCGAAGCAAGAAAAGGAAGUAUGGUGCUGGCACUAGCAAUGCUCUUCCCUUUCGUUCUACUCAUGGCUGGAACUCUCGUGUGGUCCUAUCUAUCUCCUUCAGAUAUAAUGAGAAAUCAACCACAUCUGCUAAUUAUUGGAACUGGUUUUGCGUUUGGCUAUCUUGUGGGAAGAAUGAUUCUGGCUCACUUAUGUGAUGAACCCAAAGGUCUGAAGACAGGAAUGUGCAUGGCCCUGGCAUAUUUCCCGUUUGCAAUUGCAAAUGCGCUGACUGCCCGACUUGAUGAUGGAAACCCCCUUUUUGAUGAGCAGCUCGUUCUCCUGAUAUACUGCUUAUUUACAGUGGCGCUGUACAUGCAUUUUGCUACGUCUGUUAUCCAUGAAAUCACCAACGCACUUGGGAUUCAUUGCUUCAGAAUCACAAGGAAAAAGGCGUAA